GGGGUGGCCGGGCCCCGCCGGCACAGUGCGCGCCGCGCGCCCCUCCGGACAAGAGCCCCAACGGCCCGGACCUGCCCGCCUCGCCGCGCCAAUCUCCGACCCCGCCGCCUACCGGCAUGCUGUGAGCACAGCGCAGCACAGCGCAGCACAGCGGAGCCGCCAGCAUGGAGGAACAGCCAGCGCCGCCCGCACCGGAAGUGCCGACCGUCACCAGUGACGUGCAGAACGAGGAAGUCGCAGCCGCCGUGCCGCCGGAAGUGCCGACCGUCGGCGACGUGCAGGACGCGUCGCCGACACAGGAGACGGCCGCGCCGACCGUCGGCGACGUGCAGGGCGCGCCGCUGACGCAGGUGACCGUCACGUCGCCGACGCUGCCGCACAUCACCUCGGCGGAGGAUGCCGUCGACGCCAACAAGGCCGCCGAGCCGGAAGCAGAGCAGGGCGCCGAGGGCGACCCACGCCAGAGGAAGUCGUCGACAUCGUCCACGUCCUCGCUUGGCGGGGCGUGGGGCGGGCUGGGCCCGGCCUGGUGGGACCCGGAGCGGUCGCGGUCCGUCACCCCCAGCGGCGGCGGCGGCGCCGGCGGCGUGCACUGCCUCGACGUGCCGCCCACCGGGGGCUGGGCUGCCCGCCGCUGGUCCGGCGGCGAGUCGCCGUCCCCGAGGGGCGCCCUCAGCCCGCUUCUGGAGCUGCGCCGCCCGCACUGCACGCUCCAGUGCGCCACCUGCAACGCCAUCCUGGAGGAGAAGUACAAGCACACCCGCUCCAGGAGGGCGUCCUUCGUCAAGGAGGCAGACAUCGUGCAGUCCAUGAAGGAAGGCGGGCGGCCGCUGUUCCGGCCCGGCGUCGACCAGCUGUCCUGCGAGGAUGAGGUGAUGAACCUGAUGCGGCGCUGCUGGGCCGAGGACCCCGCCGAGCGGCCCGACUUCUCCGUCCUCAAGCAAACCAUCAGGAGGCUCAAUCAGUGAGUACACUCAAAGUGGGAACAAAACGACCGGUUCUUUUUAAAAUGGACAAUCUACAAGGUACGUGCAAUGUCUAUUUUUUUUUAGGGAGAAGGGUAAACUUUGAGGAACUCCUGUAGUUUGAGUAAGUCUCUUCAAAAAAUGUGUGAAUUUCCCAGUUCAAUCAAUUAUGAGAAUUUCUCAAAGUUUUUCUCUUUUUUCUCAAAAGAUCAGACAUUAUGUUCGUCGUGUAGUUGUCGAAAAUAACAUCAGACACCGAUGAUCGCACGCCUCAACGAGUCAUCAUAAGCUUGAAGAGGUCGUCUCCUGAUCAGAAGUGAGGCCAUCCUGUAACUCGCGGGGUUCACUCAGAGCCGGUUUUGGAGGGUCACGCUUGAGCUGAGCCGCGCUCCGCACGCGGGCUGGCCUGGCUCCCAACGUAAUUUUUCAUUUAAUGAAUAUUUGAAAGCGAUAUCACAAUACAGCAUGGCUGUAUACAGUAUUGUCCCUCUCCCCACCCUCCCGUCGCCCGCCAAUCUGCUCUAUCGCUAUUCACGAUGUUCUCUUUUGUGCGCCCUUGCCUAUAUGCCCCCCCCCCCUUUACCCCCGGCCCUCCCAGCAAUCAACCUCACUGUCGCCAUUUUCGGCAGUGUAGCCGUUUACUACCUGUUCCGAAACAGCGGCGAUCAGGACGAGACAUGCAAAACGGACACACGCUUUAUGGCGAUGGUCGGGUAUUAAAGCGCAAGCGCCGUGCCAAACACGUUUGGGAAUGACAUAGUGGCCUACAAACACAGUAUACACACAUCCCCCCCUCACUCAGUGAGAGAGCCAGAGAGCGACUACACUAUCUAUCAUGAGCACAGCUUCAUGUGCAAAGCCCUUUCUUCAUCCGGCCAAACGGAAACGGAAGAGCAGCAGAACCCUCGGCCAAAUGCUUCGAUAGCUACAAGUAUAUAUUUCUUUUUCGCGAGCUUCGCAUCUCCCCGCUCCUCUCGCUCUCUCACUCUCUCUCACUCUCUCUGCUGUCUCUCUCGUUUCUCUUCCGGAGGACGGAGGGCAGCGCCUGGGAGGGUAGAACGAGAAAAGUGAGAGGGCGCGGCUCACACUGUCAGUGUGUCAGAGAGAAAGAUAGAGGGAAAGAAAGAAGGAGCGUAGUGAGAGGCCAGAGGCCAGCCCGCACUGCCAGGGGUGCCCGACAGCCGCGCCAAACACUAGAAUUGAUCCCGCUUCAGAAAAUACUGUAUAUAUACUUUCUUUCUCCUAUCAUUUUAUUUUUUUGUACUUUCUUUUUCGAGAUUGUCGUGAGGCCGUGUAGCUCGGGCCGAGUCUCAUAACCCCAUU